GGUUUUUACAGAAGAGUGUUUUUCGCCCACGAGUAUUCGCGCUUUGACUUUCUAGUAGGAAAUGUGAAAAAAUACCCCGGGUUUAUAAAUUUAUCGUGCAAACAAAGAUGUUACAUGGAAAAAUUGUUGUAAUAAAAAGGUCAGGUGCAGAUGGAGCACAGUUUCCUUUGACUGCUGAGACCUGUGUGUUUGGCAGGUCCAGUGAAUGUGACAUAAGAAUACAGCUGCCAAAUGUAUCAAGGGAACAUUGUCGAGUGACUGUGGAAAAUGGUGCGGUAUAUCUAACUAAUCUGAGUGACUCAAAUCCCGUGUCACUUAAUGGAAAAGUUCUGGAUGGAAAGAAGAAACUCUCCAACAAAGAUGUCUUCACAAUCAUAGACAGAUCAUUUAGGCUCGAACUUCCUGAGAACAUGCGCAGUGCAUCUCCGAAGAAGACCCCUGUCAAAUCUCCACACAAGAUGAAGGCAGACUCGAAAAUCCUUACCCCUAAGGUAAAACCACCAAUUGGAACACCUCAGAAGCCUAAUACUCCUUCUGCCAAAAGCCCUAACAGGCGUACUUCAUUAGCUGCACCCAAGUCUCCAAGCUCAAAUACCGCUGCCACUCCAAAGGCAAAAGGAAGAUCUCCUUCGCCAAAGAAAACACCAGCGUCGAAUUUAAAGUCAGCGGUACUUUCAGAAACGCCAGCAAAAUCUCCAGUAAAGAAGGUGGCAACCCCAAAAUCUCAGCCCAGGUCAAGAAGUUCUUCACCAAAGGCAAAGGUAACCCCUGCUAAAACUCCAAAAUCAGGUAGAAAAUCGAGGAGUGCUUCACCGAAAACCAAGACACCAAACAGGUCACCCAAAGCCAAGACCCCAGUGACAUCCACAACGCCAGCUAAAGCUACUGAGGAAUCCAAGACAACACCUAAAACAGGGAAAAAAUCAAGGAGUAUAUCACCAAGAGCUGAUACACCUGUAGUGGCAAAUCCAGCAGAACCUGCAGAGAUUCAGUCAACCCCUAAACCAGGCAGGAAAUCUAGAAGCACCUCUCCUAAGUCCAAAACACCAAAAAGUGCAACUCCGAAAACAAAGUCUCCUGGGGCCAAGUCACCUGCAAGAAGUGCAUCUCCUAAGGCUAAAACCCCUAAAGCCAAGUCGCCUGCAAGAAGUGCAUCUCCUAAGGCUAAAACUCCGAAAGUUGCAACUCCUAAAGCAAGUUCACCAAAGGCUAAGUCACCUGCAAGAAGUGCAUCUCCUAAGGCCAAAACCCCCAAAGUUGCAACUCCUAAAGCCAAGUCACCUGCAAGAAGUGCAUCUCCUAAGGCCAAAACACCUAAAGUUGCAACUCCUAAAGCAAGGUCUCCAAAGGGCAGGUCACCUGGAAGGAGUGCUUCUCCCAAGGCAGAAAUCUCUGGAACUGUAUCUCCAAAGGUACAGACACCUGUAGCUUCAACUCCUGUCAAAGAGGCUAACGUAAUUGCAACCCCUAAGUCUGGUAGGAAAUCAAGAAGUGUAUCACCUAAAGGCAAGACUCCUAAGGCUUCACCAAAAGCCAAGACACCUGCAAAGUCUACCACUCCUGUUGUCGGGGAACCAAAACAAACUCCAAAAUCAGGUAGAAAAUCAAGGAGUGUAUCACCUAAAGCCAAGACCCCCAAGGCAUCUCCUAAGACUCCUGUAAUAUCUACUACUCCAGUGGUAACUUCUGAAGAAGCUUUGUCCACACCCAAGUCAGGUAGAAAGUCCGGAAGUGUUUCUCCAAAGUCAACAACACCUGCUGCCACUCCAAAAUCUGCACAGAAGGCCAGAUCACCUAAAUCCAGGAGCCCCUCCCCAAAGGCAAAGACACCGGCUAAAUCACCGGCUACUACUCCUAAAGCUACUAGUCCUGGGAGGAAAACGAGAACUCCCUCCCCAAAAGCUGCUGCAUCAGUAAACACCACUCUGGAGUCUCCAAGCACCAGCGGAUGGACACCAGUUGUGAACAAAAAGAAAAUGGAAAGAAGAUCUCUGCCAGUUGGAGGACCAUUAAUAACUACAGCAUUGCCUAAAACACCUGUAAGUUCUGGAAAGAAAAGAAAGUCUACAGAAACUUUGGAGUCCAAGUCUAAACGAUCAAGAGUGUCCUUCGGACCCAAACUGAGUCCUGAGCAUUUCUUGAAGACUCUUCCUCCAUCAACACCUGUAAGAAAAGGGGCAACACCCAAACGGCAGACAGCCAGCACAGAGUCACUGAAACCACUGCUGAAAAGGAAAUCUAUUGCUACUGCCAAAAAGUCACCUAUUAAAGAGGAAAGUCCACAUAAAUCUCCCAGGGCUAGAGGCCGUUCUCCUGGAAGUGCAAAGAAAGGAAAAUCUCCACAGCCUAAAGCAAAGAGUCCAAGGGCCUCACCAAAGGCUUCAGCUGAGACAAAAUCCCCAGAGGUAAAGGCUGUCACCCCAAGCCCCAAGAGCCCUAAAAGCAGAUCACCAGCAAAGGCAGCAACCCCCAAAGGUGCAUCACCCAAGACACUUCAAGAAACACCAGUUUCCACACCAGUAGCAGCAUCUUCUCCCAAGUCUCCAGCUCAGCAGAAGUCACCAAAGGCAAAGUCUCCUGUGCAGAGUAAAACUCCACAACCUAAGUCCUCUAAAGCUACCCCCAAAAAAUCACCAAAAAGUCCCAAGAAGGCUGCAUCUACAGGAUCCUUGGAUGAAUCCAUGGGACUGGAUAAUUUGUUUCAGUCACCAAGUGUGGUUGCAAGUACCCCAGCUGCUGGUAGCAAUAAAAGGAGGAGAUCAGCUGUCAGCUCUCAGUCAAAGAAGAAAAUGGAGGGUGACAGAAGAGCAAGUACAGGAAGUCUUGCAGGUGUUAAGAGACUACUAAAGACCCCUAAAAGACUGGCAGACACCAGCUAUACUGGCAUUUCUGACAUGAUGGAAACUCCAAAAUCUGCUUCAGGAAAGAAGACUACUCCAAAGGUCAAAUCUGCCAAGACUCCUGCAGAGACAAGUUACACUGGCAUUGCUGAAAUGAUAGCUACUCCUAAACAAAAGGUGGCCUCCGCAAAGAAGAAGACACCCAGGAUAAUUGUUGCUUCCCCAGCUGUACAGAAAAUUGAUGCUCCUAUGGCUGAUCUGAGGAAAGCAGUUGCCAUCCGAGCCAUUCAUGGCAAGGGAGCGACCCCAAAAUUGCCUAAGAUGGCACCUAAAAGCUGGGCAGAUGUAGUGAAGAAAGGUGUGCCCAAAAAAGUGGUUCCCCCACAAGCCAAGAGAGUUAUGCAUUUGAAGAGAAUAGCAAAGAAGAGUGCCAAGAAGAAUACAAGGAAGUCCAUUGCCAAGACACCCAGAACCAAGGCAAGGGCCACUGCACCAACAACUGGACAUGCAGAUUCACCAAUGACUAUUGUCAUAGGCAAGAAGAGAGUCAAAACUCCUACUGCUCUACCUAAGAAAGGAAGAAAAUCAGUUGGAAAGUCAAAGGCAAUAAAGAACAAGGCAGUAAGCCCAUCAGGAGUCCAAGAAUUGUUUGCCACGCCCAAAGGGAAAUCCCCAACAGGCACUCCACUGAGUACAGGAACCCCCCACUCUCUAUUCUCUGACCUGCCAGACACUCCCGUUGGACCUGGAGAAAUGGCCGUGUCACCUCUGUCAAACAGCGUUGCUGCAGCAAGUCCUCGUCUGGGUGGCAUGAAGAGGCUCUUUGCUCAGCCUAAAAAUGUACAGUCACCUAAAAGUCCACUGGGAAUCAAGGAUUUGAUGAAGACUCCUGGAUCUUCAAGACCUUCAUCAGCCAAGAAGAGUCCUAAAGUUUCAUCAACCAAGAAAGCAAAGAGUCCAAAAGCCUCAUCGGUGAAAAAAUUGAAGAGUCCAAAGUCCACAAAAUCGAAAUCCCCGGCAACUAGGAGAGGGACAAAGAGGGGAGCCAAGGUUUUAGCUACCCCACCACAGCCCACAAAGAAGAUUCGUGUGGAGGCCACCCCAGAGGAAAAAUCUGUUGGUACAGAAGUAAUAGCUGCUGUAGCCACCCCUGCCUCCCCAGCUCCUGCUAAAUCCCCUGUAGCUAGAAGAGGAGGCAGAACAGCAAAGAAGACUCCUGCCAAAAAAGCAACCCCAGUCAAGCAGAGGAAAGAUGCCCUGAAAAGGAGAGGAAGACAGACCCAGGCGACUGUUCCUGUGUCUCCAGCAACAGUGCAGACAUCUCCCAAGCCUGUGGCUAUUGUGGCACCAAUGAGUGCUAAGAAAAAAGUUGAGGAAGAGGUGGUGAAACCAGUCAAGAAUGGAAAGGAUAAAGAGCCUGUGGUUAGCAUCACACCAAUGAAGAAGGCUGUGGAGAAGGAGCAGAAACGUGCAACAAAGGCUUCUGCGAAGAAAGCAGCAACACCUGUCAAGGAAUCUCCCAAACCUACACCUAAAAAGCGUGCUACAAGAGGAAAGGCAGCUAAAGUAGCCACUGAAGAGGAGAGUACGCCUGUUAAAGUUAGUCCAGUCAAAGGUAGAGCCACUAGGAGGAAAGCUGCAGCAAAACCCACACCAAAGAAGGCAGCUUCUCCUGCUAAACCAGUUGCACAGAAAAGAGGUAGAGAAGUAGCUAAAGAGGAUGAGGUUGAAGCCGUUGCAAAAUGUCAGAAAAUGGAGGAACCUGCUUCCCCUGUCAAGGAAAGUCCAGUGAAGGGACGAGCAACUAGAGGAAAGAAAACAGCAACUGCUAAAAAAGUUACACCUAAAAAGGCAGUCAAGGCAGCCUCGCCUGCCAAACCAGCAACACCAGCAGUUAGUACUAAAAAGAGGACAGUUCGGGGAAAGAAAGCUGCAGAAGCAGAGACACAAGAAGUAAUAGCAGCAACUCCUGCAGUUAGUCCUAAAGCUACCAGAAGAGGUGGAAGGGCAGCCACUGCAAAGAAAGCAACUCCUCAAAAAGCUGCAGCAGUAAAAACUUCAGGGAAAGAGAAAGUUGCCACACCAGCAGUUAGUCCAAAGACAACCAGAAGAGGUGGAAGAGGGAAGAAAGCAACUCAAAAAGCAGCACCAGUGAAAUCUGCCGUGGAAGAGAAAGUUGCCACACCAGCAGUUACUCCCAAGACUACCAGAAGAGGUGGAAGAAAAGCUGUUGCAAAGAAAGCAACUCCCCAGAAAGUAGCACAAGUGAAAACUGCAGUAGAAGAGAAAGCUACAACCCCAGUAGCAAGUCCCAAAAUGAGCAGAGCAACCAAGCGUAAAGCAGAGAAAGAAGCUACCCCAAAGAAGGAAGCACCAGUUGCAGUGAGUCCAGUGAAAAGAGCUACAAGAGGUAAAGCUGCUAAAGCAACACCCAAGAAAACUGCAACUCCUGCUGCUUCUCGUAAAAGAGCUACUAAGGGAAAAGCAUCAGAGGGCCCAAGUUCACCCAAACAGCAGAAAACAACUGAAGAGCCUGUUGUUGUCAGUCCUGUAAAAGCAAGGAGAGGGAGAGGAAAGGCUGUUGUUACAAAAGCAGCAACUCCAAAGAAGGCCAUCAAGAGCAAAGCUCCAUCUCCAGUUAAAGAUGCACCUGCAGAAGUAACACCAGAAAGCCCAGUCACAAAAACUACGCGAGGCAAGAAAGCUGCAGCCCCAAAACAAAGUAAAGUUGCUACACCAGUGAAAGAAGCCAGUCCUGUAAAAUCAAGAGCAACCAGAGGCAAGGCAGCAGGGAAGCCUGCCAAAGCAACACCUAAAAAAGCAACAAAAAGCAAAGCAGCUGCACCUGAGAAAUCAGUUCCCACUCCCAAGGUUUCCCCAAGAAAACUAGAGGCAAAGCUGCAGCAAAAUCACCAACUCCAGCUAAAAGGACGACACGGUUACGAAGGAAGUGAAGUGUGAAUUCUGAUAUUUUUUGACUGCCAAUUCUUCGUGUAAAAAAUGUAUUUUAUGUAUUUAUUGUAAAAGUUUUAUAAAUGGCAAUCUCAUCAAAUGCCGGAGAUAUUUAUAUAAAUAUUUACUGGUGUAAGUAACAAAAUUUUUAAGAAUGGGCAAUUUUUUUUUAAUUCAGGCAGCAGCCACAAUUGUGUUCAUUAGAGUAUUUUUUUUAAGCAUUGGAUGUACAUUCUUAUCCAGUUUGAACCUGAAUAAUUUGGAAACAAUCUUGAAGAUGAAAAUGUCCAUUUUACUUUUCAGUGGCAAAUAAGAUUGUAUAUUUAUUCUGUGUAUAUUGUGAGAGAGUAGUCAGUUUGCAUGAAAAUUCAGGUAAUUUUAGAAUUGUAUAGAUAUUUAUGUAUAGUCAUCUCAAAACUUUCUUUCUCUCUCUUUUUCAGUCACUUUUUCAUGUACCUGUAUUGUGUUCAAGAAACAUUACAUAUUUUUAUGCUGAUCAUUUUAUUAAUCCUUCAUUUUAUAAUCUGCUUGUUAUGGUAGUUUUGAUUUAUAGUGUUGUAACCAUAAUUUUAUCAUCUGAUAUUUUUAGUAGUGCAGAUCAUUUCAUCAUUGUGUAUGUUAUCUUUUGUCCUUGUGCAUUGAUAUUAGUAUUUAUGUAGCCAAAAAUAGUAGAAUACAGAGAAAAUACACCAGCAAAGCUGGGAAUAGAUCUUAAGUAUAUCAUUCAUUAGGAUGUUGUCUCGCAUCCAUUUUUUAUGGUGCCAACAAUGUACAACCAAGUUUGCAUUUAAUCAGUUUUGACUAAAGUUCAAUUAUAAGAUUUGACAAUGAUUUUUAUCAUCUCGUAUCUUCAAAUAUUACAAAUUUUACAUUAAAAAAAAAGGGAUUAAUACCACUUGCAAUUCUCUGUAGAUGGGUUUCACCUUUUGGAUGAAAGAAUAAAAUAUGGAAAUAA